AUGCUACCGUCGAAGGAGAUCAGAUGCGGUAGAGGAGUCAAGGCCAAGGACCAGACCGCAGAAACCGACAAUGUUCCAGCGACUUCCACAAGGUAUCAGCCGCCACCUCCAGGGGCUCUUGUGAGCUGGUUGACAACCGAUAAUCCGGCUAGAGCUGGUUUCACGAAGCGCAAAGAUCAAUCCUACCGUGGACGUGCAGUAACACCAGGGCAAGCGUUGAAAUCUCCACUUUCAGAUAAGAAAAUUCGCCAUGCUGGUAGUAGAGGGGACGAACCAAUCCAAACCCCACAACAGAAAGGGUUAGUUAUCAUCCAUCGCCGACCAACUUUCAGCCAGACGAUAACAACAUGCUCUGGAAAAGAACAGGAAAGGACGGCGAUAUCCGCAGCACGACAACCGUGGAUGCUAGCCUAUGGAUUUGUCACUGUGGUGCCGAUGACGCCUUCAAAUUAG